UUGAGAGAGAAGAUGGAGUAACUUAUUAUUCCUUUUCACAAAUAAAAACUUAUUUACGAAGAUGAUAUAAAUUAACAAGGUCUUACUUCUCCUUCCAUGGAACAAGUUUUCGAAUCAUAACACUCAUCACCACCACUAAAUUGAAAAUAUGCAUGACCAAAAUAUAUACCGAAUCCAUUUAGAAUUUUAUAUACCAAUAAAUGUUUUAACUAACAUUUCAUUAGGACCCACUAAAAAUACCAUCUAAAAAUCAAAUUUGCAUAAUAUAUACUGUAAUAGCAUGAUGACUUACAACUGUACUCCCCCAGGAAAUUAAUCUAAUGAAUGAGGAUUGAAUUUGCUUUUCAUUUCAUUUUAUAUUAUUUAUAAUUGUUUCAACCACGUAUCCUCCCACACCCUAUAAAACGUUCACUCCCCCUCAUUUUCAACAUCAAAAUCCCUGCUUCACUCUCUACUUCCAUUGCCUCAUUCCGUACCCAUUUCAAAAAUUUUUGAUAAUUCUAUUUUCUUUCAAUUUAUUUAUUUAUUUAUAUCAACAAUCUGAUGGGACGGAAGGUCAAACUAGCUCCUGCACCGAAAUACCACCCUCUCGAAAGUUUUUGGGACACGGAGGACGAUUAUCCGGGGCCACGGUGCGGUCACACGCUCACGGCUGUGGCUGCGACCGAGAAUCAUGGCCCCAGGCUCAUUCUGUUCGGGGGUGCCACGGCCAUUGAAGGCGUUGGUUCGGGCAUUCGGUUGACUAAUGUGACUAAUGAUCUGUAUUCGUACGAUGUUGAGGGGAAUAAGUGGACCAGGCUAAGGCCCUCUGGUGAGCCGCCUUCUCCUCGGGCAGCACAUGCAGCCGCAGCUAUCAGUACCAUUGUUGUGUUUCAGGGGGGAGUUGGGGCUUCUGGUCAGUCGAAUGAUGAUUUUUAUGUGCUUGACUUGAGUGAAGACAAAUUGAAGUGGCGCAGACUUGUUAUUCAAGGAGAGGGUCCGGGGCCUCGAUAUGGCCACGUGCUGGCCUUGGUUGCGCAAAGAUACCUUGUUUGCGUCAGUGGGAACGAUGGAAGAAGAGCACGCUCAGAUGCCUGGGCUUUGGAUACCGCCAAGAAACCAUAUAUAUGGAAUAAAAUCAAUCCGGAAGGCGAUAAACCACCUGCUAGAAUGUAUGCAGCAGGAUGUGCUCGUUGGGAUGGAAUGCUUUUGAUCUGCGGGGGUAAAAACACCUCAGGCACGCCAUUGACAGAUGCUUAUGGACUGAUAUUGCAUACCAAUGGCCAAUGGGAAUGGACUCUUGCUCCAGGGGUUUUCCCUUCGCCGAGGUACCAACAUGCUGCGGCAUUCGUGGGUUCAAGGUUGCAUAUAACAGGGGGAUCUUUCAAGGGUGGAAGGGAAGUUGAUAAUGAAGCAGCUUCUGCAGUAUUGGACACUGCUGCUGGUGUCUGGCUGGAUACAAAAGGACCGGUGACGUCUUCACGCACCAGCAAGCAGCGUAAGGAACUAGCAGGUUCUUUGAAUCUGUUGCAUCGUUGUCGCCAUGCAGCUGCAUCUGUUGGUGAUCAUAUAUAUAUUUAUGGCGGGUUCAGAGCAGGAAAUGAACCAGAGGAGUCCAGUAUAAGUUCUCCUGCGGUAUCAUCUGAGAGACCUAGGGCUUCGUUUAGAAGAAGCCCUACAAUAAAUAAAUACUCUUCUAUAUCUAGUAUCCGUUGCAGAUCUGGGAGCCCCUCUUCUGCCGGCUCAAGCAUGGACCGAAAUUUUAUGAAGAAAUCGGCCCAGUUUUCUGCUGCAGAGGCCGGAGCUAGCAGUGCUGUCUGGAAAGCUACGCAGUUGGAAUAUGGCACUUCUGUCGAACUAUCCAGGUCAGUUAACAACAUAAAAACUGCAGAGACACGUUCAGACAGCAGUGAUACAGAGGCAAGUGUUCGCCUCCACACGAGAGCUGUGGUUGUUGCCAAAGAGGCUGUAGGGAGCCUAGGUGGUAUGGUAAGACAAUUAGGCUUAGAUCAAUUAGAGAAUGAGAGUAGACGGAUGGCUCCAUUGAAUACUGACCUGUCCCAACCUACAAGAAAUUUUACAAGGCAGGAAUCAUCUAGAGGCUUGCAUAAGAAGAUUAUAUCUUCAUUGCUUACGCCUAGAAACUGGAAACCUCCUGCUAAUAGAAGAUUUUUUUUAGAUAUAUAUGAAAUUGGUGAGCUUUGUUCUGCUGCUGAACAGAUCUUUAUGAAUGAGCCUACAGUUCUUCAGUUGCAAGCUCCCAUCAAAGUGUUCGGUGAUCUUCAUGGUCAAUUUGGUGACUUGAUGCGGCUAUUUGAUGAAUAUGGAUUUCCUGCCACAACAGGAGAUAUAACUUACAUCGAUUAUCUUUUUCUUGGGGAUUAUGUUGAUCGAGGACAGCACAGCCUGGAGACCAUCACUCUUCUUCUUGCACUAAAGAUCCAGUAUCCUGAUAAUGUUUAUAUGAUACGAGGGAAUCACGAAGCACCAGAUGUAAAUAAAAUUUUUGGCUUUCGUGUUGAAUGCAUAGAGAGAAUGGGAGAAAUUGAUGGUACUUCGGCAUGGACGAGGUUCAAUCAACUUUUUAACUAUCUUCCCCUUGCUGCCCUUAUUGAUAAGAAGAUUAUCUGUAUGCAUGGAGGCAUAGGGAGCUCUAUACGUACAGUAGAGCAGAUAGAGCAAUUAGAGAGACCUCUAACUAUUGAUCAACAAUCUACUGUUUUAAUGGAUUUGCUAUGGUCAGAUCCCACUGAAAAUGACAGUGUAGAGGGCUUAACACCGAAUGCCAGGGGGGCUGGCCUUGUUUCAUUCGGGCCUGAUCUGGUCAUAGAAUUCUGCAAGAGGAAUAAUUUACAACUUAUUCUAAGAGCCCAUGAAUGUGUUAUGGAUGGAUUUGAGCGUUUUGCCCAGGGGCGAUUGAUUACUGUUUUUUCUGCAACAAACUACUGUGGAACUGCAAGAAAUGCUGGAGCAAUACUCGUAGUGGGCAGAGAUCUGGUCAUCGUACCAAAGUUAAUCCAUCCUCUGCCACCUGCUAUAUGUUCAUCAGAAGGAUCUCCACAGCCAAUGAUGGAAGAUCCAUGGAUGCGGCAUCUUAACAUUCAAAGACCGCCUACUCCUCCCAGAGGUCGCCCGAAGCCUGAACCUCCUAGGAAUGCACUUGCCUUCAUGUAGCUGCAGAAAAAAAUCCAUCAUUGGGCACACCACACUCUGCAAAUCUUCCUCUGUUGUAUUUACAGGUGAAAACAAAGUCUUGAUUAUGAAUACAUAGGUUGAGAUUGAUAGCGGAAAAUCACUGUUGUAAUAGUUCUGCAAAAAGUUGUAUCAGUUGUGAACAAUAACAAUACAAUUUUGCAUGAAUGUCUUGAUAGAGC